AUGAAAGAACACCAGAAUUGGAUACCCUCCAUUCUGGUGGAGACAAUCGCCGGUUUCACAGCAGGUUUCCUAUCGACACUUGUUGCUCACCCAUUAGACCUCGUCAAAGUUAGGUUGCAAGUCGACAGGGAAAGCAGAACGCCAAAGCUUGGAGCAACGUGGAGGAUAGCUCGUAAUGUUGUUGCAAACGAGGGGAGGGGCGCGCUUUAUCGGGGCUUCUCACCAAACCUGGCGGGUAACAUGACGAGCUGGGGCUUGUUUUUCAUGCUGUAUGGCGAGAUCAAAUCGAGAGUGACAAAUCAUAAACAAGGAGGCCUUUCCUCAAUCGAUUACCUACUCUCUUCCGGGACUGCCGGUGUCUUGACAGCGAUUUGCACGAAUCCACUCUGGGUGGUCAAGACGCGGAUGCUCUCUUCGGGUCGGUCGGUUCCUGGGGCUUACUUAGGUCUUACAGACGGCUUACGAACCAUCCUCCGUGAUGAGGGUACACGUGGAUUAUUCCGUGGUUUGGUGCCUGCGCUCUUCGGAGUUGGCCAGGGAGCGCUGCAAUUCAUGUUCUACGAGGAGCUGAAGUUGUGGAGGAGGCGCCUUCGCGAGCGCAAUAACAGUAUUAGCGACGGAGGUGGAGAUGGAAGGAGCGAGAAGGUUGGAGGAGGACUGAGUAACACUGACUUUCUGACCUUGUCGGCUGCAUCAAAGAUACUUUCAGGGUCGAUAAUAUAUCCCUACAGGGUUGUGCAGACCAGGAUGCAGACAUAUGAUGCCGAUGCUGUAUACUCAUCCGCUCGGGACGCUGUCGUGAAGAUUUGGAGGAGGGAGGGGCUCACCGGCUUUUACAAAGGCUUGGCGCCAAACCUAGCACGGGUAUUGCCGUCCACUUGCAUCACCUUCCUCGUGUAUGAGAAUACCCGGUAUUACCUCCAAUGAGGUAAGACAAAGCAAAAAAGGGUCGCCCGCCUUGUGCGUACGAGUACUUCUUGCGAGUACACAGUGCCGCAGGAGCAGCAGAUGACAAAAAAAAGAGGGAGGGGAGAGAGAAAAAAUCAUAUUUCGGCCAGGGCUGGACAGGAUUAUGGGGAAGAGUACGGUACGAGUACUCGAGUGGCAUGGAUGGGUUUAUGGAACCACAGACGUGUCACCUUGCUGGGAUGCUGAAGAUCUCCCUCACUCACGGGGGAAGCCGGGAAGGAGGGUGGGAGUUGAAGUGAAAAAUGGAUGAUGGUGAGAGGGCGCGAGGGGGGGUUGGAGCUGACGUGAAAGGUUCCUGCGAUAAUAGAAUCUCAAAUAAUUGAA